AGAAGAAGUGUCCUCAUGAUAACAUCCAUGGGUGCACUGUGUUAUGUAGCUGUCAGCUGUUGUUAGGCGGACUAUCUUCCUAACUCACCUUCGUAAUAUAUUCUUAUGACAUGAUCAACAUGGGGGUCUUGUGUCUCGCCAGAGGAGCGUUCACGUCUAGUCGUUAUCUCGGUGUUUACGCCAGAGCAUACAGCGCUCGGCAUUUAUGCGUAGCGUUACUCUCCGGUGCUCCGUCUCCGACGGGAGUCACUGUUAGGAAGUACAGUCAGGAUAAAAGUGUGGCCGGACAGUUUGUGUGCUAUCACCUUAAUAACAGGACCCUGCUGAAAAUCCAGGGACACGACACAAGCUCGUUUCUUCAGGGGAUUAUCACCAAUGACAUGGAGCUGCUGGAGGAGCCUGCACAAAGAGUCAUGUACUCACAUAUGCUCAACGUGCAGGGGAGGACACUGUAUGACAUCAUGUUGUACAGUCUAAAAGAAGCAGAUGCAGGAUGUGGUGUUCUCCUGGAAUGUGACAGCACAAUAAAGGACUCAAUCUUGAGACACUUGAAGGUGUACAAGAUCCGUAGAAAGGUCAACUUAACCCCAUGUCCAGAGCUCUCUGUGUGGGCGGUGCUCCCCCAGCAACAAAACCCAAAUAAUCCAGUCAAUAAACCUAAGCUGUCCUCCCCUGAAAAGGCUCUGGUAUGGGAGACGGAUCCUCGAACUCAGGAAAUGGGCUGGAGACUGGUGUUAGACAAUAAAGUUGAUCCUUCAGAUGUCAUUGCAUCAUGUCAGAAAGGUGACACAGAAGAGUAUCACAGACAUCGCUAUGCAAUAGGACUUCCUGAGGGAGUGAGGGACCUUCCUCCUGGGGUCGCAUUACCACUAGAAUCAAAUCUUGUGUACAUGCAGGGCAUCAGUUUCAGCAAGGGCUGCUACAUUGGCCAGGAGCUCACAGCCAGGACUCAUCACACUGGAGUGGUUCGGAAACGCCUGAUGCCGGUACGCUUGUCAAACCCUGUCCAGAACCUUGAGGAAGGAGCCGCCCUGCAAACACAGUCAGGCAAGCCAGCUGGGAAACACCGAGCAGGGAUCGGAGAGCUGGGCCUCAGCCUAAUCCGCCUAGCUCAUUCCAAAGAGGAGUUGACGCUCAAAUCUUCCGACAACACCGCAGUGACACUUGAGGUCUCUGUGCCAGACUGGUGGCCUAAAGACGUGAAAACCAACUGAAGAGGAGGAUGUUUUAUAGCUCCCUAAAAUGUGAUGUACAUCACAACUGACAUAUUUUUUCAUAGACAGAACCCUGAAGUACAGUAUGUUCCACUGUCAUUGCCUGACAGCUGUGCAGUACUGAUCCAUAUUUGUGAGUAUUUAUUGUUUGCGGCUUUUAGAGUGAUUUCUCCCAAAGUGUAUAUUAUUUACCACAUAAUUAUGAUAUUUAAUGGACAUACUGCAGCACUAUUCAAGAGGAUAUGAUCGCCAUGAGAUGAUGUUGGUUGAAUUUUAA